GAAAGUGGCAAAAAACCGCAGCAAAAAGCGGUGCGUGCGUUCUGUUGCUAAAUCGGAUUCUGCAUUUUUGGACGAAAAUCCUGCGAACCCGCUAACCGCGAUCCGGGUGGUGCACUCGGCUGUGCACGGCCAGCUCCCUAGCCACCAACGGGUAAGCCGCUGGUUUGAACUCUACAGUGCCACCACUCGUCGAUUCAACUCGGUUGGUUACUAGGAAGCCGUUUUGUGUGUUGUGUGUGUGUGAAAUAGUGUUCGUUACGUGCGUGGAAAGUGCCCUCGGGAGCAAAGAAGAUUUUCGCGCCCUAGCAACGAAACAGUGGGAUAGCGUUAUCGCAGCCACACGCAGUCCGUAGUUCCCGCGUUGUGGUGCUCCGUAGAGUAGUGUCUCCGCUGACGAGCCGCUUUCACGCGACUGCCGACCGCACCGGCAGCACCAGUAGCACAUGCUACCGGCAAGCACCACCGUGACCGCCUCCAACCGCCUGAAAGGAAAGGAAAAGCGUGCGCAACAGCCGAGCGGGUCAAAGGCGACCUCCAUUCAUGCACUGCCCCUGGUGGCCCUGAGGAUGCCAAUGUUGUCUCAAUUUCAAAUGCACUUACGCGCGUUUCUCGUUCUGGCGUCGAAGGUAUGGACCUGCAUCUGCUACAUGUUCAACCGACAGGUUCGGGCGUUUGUACAGCAUCAACCGGUCAAAUAUGAACUGUUCCCGCUUACGCCGGUGUCCCGGCACCGGCUGAACAUGGUCCAGCGCAAGACGCUCGUGCUGGACCUGGACGAGACGCUCAUACACUCGCACCACGACGCGAUGCCUCGCAACACGGUGAAACCGGGCACGCCGCACGACUUCACGGUCAAGGUGACGAUCGAUCGGCAUCCGGUGCGCUUCUUCGUGCACAAGCGACCACACGUCGACUACUUCCUCGACAUUGUUUCACAGUGGUACGAUCUGGUGGUGUUUACGGCCAGCAUGGAAAUCUAUGGCGCUGCUGUCGCCGACAAGCUGGACAAUGGUAGGAACAUCCUGAGACGGCGCUACUAUCGUCAGCAUUGUACGCCAGAUUUCGGCUCCUACACCAAGGAUCUGUCGGCGAUAUGCAGCGAUCUGAACAGGAUAUUCAUAAUAGACAAUUCGCCCGGUGCUUACCGCUGUUUCCCAAACAAUGCAAUACCGAUCAAGUCCUGGUUUUCCGAUCCAAUGGACAUCUGUCUGUUGUCACUGUUGCCGCUGCUGGAUGCGCUGCGGUUUACCAACGAUGUGCGGUCCGUGCUGUCUCGUAACCUACACCUACACCGUUUGUGGUAGCAGAAUUUGAUGAGCAUACUGAGGUGCGCUGUGAGUGUACUAAAAGCGAUUAUUUCUUUAUUUUAUUCUAUAGUAAUGCGUAAUUGUUAGUAACCGGGAGUGAACAAAAAGAAAAAAGACGUAAUUCACCCAUGUGGACCUCAAGGGCCAUGUCAGGUGCUAUGGUCUGAUGGUUCGCAGUAGAUUGCAUGAAGGUGGAUUUGCACGAAGUGGCAAUAUCCUUCGAAAACAUCAGAUAUACACAUACACAGAAAACAAAGAAAAAAAAACAUAAAAAUGACAUUUUCGUAUUAAACAACCAAUUGAGCUAGUAGCGAUUGCUCUGUGAGGUUUUGCAAGCUACUGCGGUGCUCUCAAGUAUUCCAAUGUAGCGCAGUCAUGAAUGGUAGUAACCAACAAACGACCCAAUGGUAAAGUCUUCUCAUUCGUCGCCAAUGAAACAAUCAAGUAACCGAUUCGAUGAGAGUGAUGGCGCUGUAAGCAGAAAAACCGAAACUCUCAUACAGGUACACUCAUACUGCACGUCGAAAAUCUAACGAUCGAAUCGAAUCGUUUUUUAUGAGUAUUGGCUCAAUCUAACUUGUUAACUACUCACAACAAGCAAUCAGAUUAGAAUGCAACGGACAUCGCUCCGUUUUUACAACAGGUCGGAACGCCGCCUGCUCGGAGUAAUCGCAAACAAAUCGGGGGAGUUCUGAUAGCGAAAGUAACUCCCUCGUGACACUACCAUCAACCAAGCAAUUGGUUUCUAACGGUAAUGUGUAAGGGCGUGAUGAAUGCUAAUCCAUUGCUCUUUCGAUUCAUGCAGUCGAAACGACUGUAAGGUGUAGGAGAAUAGGAGAGGGAGAACAGUGUAGUGGGUAGAAAGUAUUUUCAUUUCGUCGGUUCAUUAAGAGGCUCUCCAUUUCCCAACUAAUAGAAUUGUUAGGAUUAUUUGUUUGUUUUAUAAUAAUGAAAAAUCGUGACAACUGUGAGCAACGAAGGGAUCCUACAAGGUACGCAGUUGUUAUCAGAGUAAUAUCCGUCGUCCAAACAUCCACCAUGUACGGUCGGAAGUAAUGUUAAAAUGCAGUAAGCAAUGGUUCAUAACGAAUGGCUUAAACGUUUCUUUUUUGCUCAAACCAUCUAGCUCCUAUACUUUAGAACGAUCUUAAUGUGCGUACGAACGAUUCGCUAAACGAUACAGCGAAAAGGGGAAGUGACCCUUUCCAGAUAUGUUCUUUGCGGUGGUCCAACACUAUUCACGGUAAUGGAAACAGGGGUUUUGUACUCACGUUCUUCACCAUUUGAGGCAAUAAGACUUACCGUGAUUUGCGUCUGUGUGCGGUUAUAGUAAAGGAUACUAUUACUACCUACCUCUCCCACUUCAUGGUUAUUUACAAUGCUUCCUACUUUAGCAUUAACGUUUUUUGUUUAUUUUUCUUUAAAAUUAUUAGUCACCACUAGGGCGUGUGUGGGUAUGUGUGUGUAUCGGAGGUUAAUUUAAAUGCACGACGCUUGUUGUUCUUUUGUACUACAGAACAAUUGUGUUGGAGACGAUGUACAGUCAACGUUUUAUGAUACUCAUAGCAUCAUCGCUGCUCCAGAUCCUUUGCGUGAAUGCAGGAAUCGAUUUUCACCAUUUCCUGUUUCAAGUGGACGUGCUAUUAAGCUUUGAAUUACUCCUUUCGCAGCAGUCGAGUGUUUUCAGAUGAAAGACAAAUUUUGAAUCAUAUAGCACCAGCACCAGCACCAAAAUUGCUUUUCAAAUUGAUCGAAGAACGAAACUUCCGAAGAAGCAAAACGAGAGCGCAAUAUAACAACAAAUGGUAAAAGAUAAUAAGCUCAUUCAUUACGAGGAGCUCAACAAUAUUACGCAUAAGUGAACACGGUACAAAUGAUGUAACGGCUGCGGUGGCAUAUAAGACGAACAGCAGACGAACGACACAUAAACGGAGAAGAUUAUAACGCAAAAAUGACGUUGCAAAAACGAUGAAGAAGAUGAUUGACGAAACAAACUAAACAAAAAAAAAUCCUCCACGGAGCAGUCCAAAGAAGACAGUCAGCAAAUGGCGGAGAAGAGCGUGAGGUCAAGUAUUUGUUUGCCGUCAAAUGCAUCCGAUCUAUAAUGAUCGUGCCCAAGAUUCGGUAUUCCUACUGGGUACUGUAGCUCCGACUGUAGGUCUAGGUUCGUGAAAAGAUAAAUGUAUCAGGAGUGGUACUAUGAUACUUCUAUGUACCACCGGCUUCCAAACUGACGACAACAUCGAUCAAUCAUUAAACCAAUCCCCAAUCCAAUUCAACAUAACACAUACUUCAGUUAAAAGCGUAGAAUACAAUAGGAUCCACAAGCAGGCAUCAACUGAGCUACGAAAAGAAAAUGAUUGCCAACCGCAAGCACUAUGUACCCCAUAAUUCAGCGUUAGCAACAGCAACAGCAGCAUCGAUCCCAAAGUAAGAGUACACGGAAGUUCAAUGCGCACCUUGGCAGGAUAAGCAUGAAGCUGGAGCUGGAGCUGAAGAGAGAAACGUCUCUUCGAACGAUACAUAGUAAGUUUACAUUUGUAAUUAUAAACCAACACACAGUAAACCGAUAGGGGAAGUAUGUAAAUCUGAAAAGAAAAAUAACAGUAACAGACCCCACACACAUACAGGCGACAAACAAAUGGAAUGAUUUUGUAAAUACUAUUGUUUAACUGAGGAAGAAUUGAUACCAUAGAGCAAAACACAAACGAAUGGCAGCUGCCACCCGAAAUGUCGAGGGGACGAACGAGGAGAAGUGCUGAAGCGUCGUGAGUAAAUAAAAGAAUAAAAAUCGCACAACGGUUUAUUCCUUUUU